AUGGGAUGUAGUAAAUGGAGAGCUGCGUUCAACUUUGGACACCUGAAGGCGCAGUCCAAACUAUCCGUCUUAUUUACCAUGAUAAUUCUCUUCACAUACCUAUUUUACUGCCUCAACGGAUUUUGUGAGUCCCUACCCAGACCUGUGUAUGACCAUCACACCAGCCUUCCAAACGAAUUCAUCCUACAUGAUGGACAACAAACUGAGCAGGUCGGCGUCCACAACGCGUCCCCGAUCUCUCUCGUCCGGGAACAGUCGUCGGAGAUUAAAAGUGGUGCUCCCUCUAUCAAUAUUUCUAUUGCCAAUAAUUUCGGCAUCAAAAGCUUCCCCCAGGCCAUCAUCAUCGGGGUGAAGAAAGGUGGAACUCGGGCUUUGCUGGAGUUCCUGCGCAUCCAUCCGGACGUUCGGGCCGUAGGCUCAGAGCCGCACUUCUUUGACCGCUUUUACGACAAGGGGCUAGAAUGGUACAGGAAUUUAAUGCCUCGGAGUAUGGAGAGUCAGAUAACCAUGGAGAAGACUCCGAGUUAUUUCAUCACCAAAGAAGCUCCUCGUCGUGUCCUUUCCAUGAGCCGCCACACCAAACUGAUUGUGGUGGUGCGAGAUCCUGUGACACGGGCGAUUUCUGAUUACACCCAGACUCUUACCAAAUCUCCAGGGCUCCCAUCCUUCCAGAACCUGGCCUUCCGCAAUGCCACACAGGGCCUCAUCGACAGAUCUUGGAGUGCCAUACGCAUUGGCAUAUACGCUAAGCAUCUGGAGAACUGGCUGCGCUACUUUCCGCUCUCACGUUUCCUUUUUGUGAGCGGCGAACGCCUUGUGACUGAUCCAGCGGGUGAGAUGGGCAGAGUCCAAGACUUUUUGGGGCUCAAACGCGUGGUCACAGACAAACACUUCUAUUUCAACCAGACCAAAGGUUUUCCAUGCCUAAAGAAGCCUGAGGGGAGCAGUAGGCCGCGCUGCCUGGGGAAGUCAAAAGGCAGACCCCAUCCACAGAUACCUUCUGAAGUCCUGCUCAAGCUCAGAGACUUUUACAGACCCUUUAAUCUCAAGUUCUACCAAAUGACCAGCCACAAUUUUGGCUGGGACUGA